GAGAAUAAUGUCGCGUUAAAAGUGAUAGUCUGAUACAACAGAAAAUUAAAUUGGAAAGAUUUUUUGUGAAGAGCAGUCGAGUUGUAAAUGGUUACUAUCUAAUAAUCAAUAUUCGACCUGUAGACAAGCUCUUUACAUUAUGUCACGCAUAUUUUGCACUCCGGAAUGCAGAAAGAGAUUCGAACGUUCUUCUCCUGGAGACGAGCCAAGUCCACGUGCGCCGUGCCAGGAAGGCAUGUUGGGGCCCAGCGGCAAUGGCCGUUUAAUGGGACCUGGUGGCAACCUCGGUGCGUCGUCAUCGUUGUCGUCGUCAAUCGCGCCGCUGCCACCGCCAACCCAUCGGAACCUAUGGCCACCGACGUCGCUCGCGUCCACCGUUGGCAAUCGGUCCGUUCCGUUCGAGUUCCACCCAGCAGCCAAUGGCGAAGUGACCGAAUCGCUGUUUGCUGCAGGCGGGUAUAACACACCCCCGGCCAGCUCACCGUUCCUGUCCUGUUCACCGUUGGAACUGGUGGCCAAGAACUUCCACAGUGCUGCUGCUGCUGGAGCCGCCGCCGUCACAUUCAGUCAAGCAACCAACAGUAGCAUUUUCGUGCAAUCGCAGACAGAUUUCAUCAAUGGAACCACAUCGGUCGCCAAGAAGACCGAGACCUGCAUCGGUCGGUGGGAGCACGGCACGUUAGAACCACUACAGAUACAGGUACCUCCCGUACCAACCGUAACUAAUCUAACCAUAAAGACCGAAAACAUUAGUUCCGGCAGUCAGGUUACUUACAAUAGCAAUAAUCUCAAUAAUACUCAUAGCAAUACGACUAGCCAUAAAUCAGACGGAUUAGAUCAGCGUCAUCAUUAUUAUCAGCAGGCUCAGCAGCAUGAGCAUCUGCAACAACAACAACAACAGCAACAGCUACAAGUCCAUCAACAUCUCCACCAAAGACAGCAAUCUUUUAUAACAAGUAAUUCUGCUCGCACCACACUGCUACGACUGUCGGAACAUUGCCAUCGGUCAUCGACGGUACCCACAGACGAGGCCAGCUCCUCGACCCUUGACCUGGUGGUAACGCCAACAACCUCAACGAGAACCAUCACAACGGCCUCGGUGGCCACUCCCUGUCUACCGUCGCCGGUAUUUGCACCACAUCCGGUUCCAGGUUCCGCACAUAACUAUCAACAACGUCCCCUGGAUUGCGGCAGUGUCAUCGUAUCACCACGCGCUCAGCAACGACCGCACACCACAACCGACCACAUCUGGAAUCCUCCUUUGACGACAAACCAUAACCGUAACUGUCCAGGGUCUAUGCGAAACUCUAUCGAUUCCCAUCAGCCAUGCUCGGUUAUUCACAUUAAACGGGAACCGUGCCAAGUGUCCGAGGUCACCACUUCGAACAAUUUCGAAACCAGCACGACGGCACUGACGGCCGUCGUCAAGAUCGAGGCUCCCUCGCCGAAGGCUACCACGUCCUGUUCGUCGAGUUCCGGCCUUUCCGCGACCACGAUGGACCACAUCGGGAUAACGAGCACCCAGAACAAUGCGGCCACGAUUCCGGUCGGAAUUGCCGUUGCCCGGCAGCGGUUGCAGGAAUCAUCGGUGGCGCCCUGCCCGCAGCUUCACCAAGCCAAAGAUUUGAGUCGGUUCGGGCUCGGCCUCGCGGCCACCGGCAACCCGGGUGAUCUAGGUUGCGCCACGCCGAGUCUGAGUCAGAACAUGUUUUUCGCAGGCACCAACUCCACCAUGAUUCCCCUGUCCCAGGAGGCGGUCACGAUGGGCGUGACCAAUGCGGCCGCCGCAGCUGCAGCCGCCGCCGUUCAGAAUGCGGUCCGGACACCUCCCGCCCUCUGGCAGUAUCCUGCCGCCUAUCAAUCUUGUCCGAAUCUACCGACAUCAUCGGUUCAAUCCUCGAUGGGAUUAGGACCAUCAUCUCAGACUGGCAGCGACAAAAAGAUUGUCGGUUAUUUGGUACUGGAUCGCGUUGUACCUUCAGAUGAAGAACCAUGCCUUAGAAAAGCUCCUUUGCCGGUCGAACCGAUGCUUCCGAUGCCCCCGCCCGUUGGAUUUCAACUGGUUCGGGAUCCUAGCACCGGACAGAUAUUGUUCCUUCCUACCACGACAACUAUUGUCAAUCCAACCCAACUGGCAGAUAAAAUAUUUAUUUCUUGUGUAGAACCUUUCCCACAAACGGUAGUAUGGCCAACAUAUCCCCAAACUGCUGCGGCGAUACAGCCACCUCAUCUGCUAUUGCCGCAGAUUGCUCAAACGCAACAACUACAGCCGCCUCCGCUGGCACCGCUCCAGAUGCUCGGCACAGACUAUCUGACCACAGCUAGCAGUACCACGCUACAUCAGCAGCAACAUACUCAAACACACCACAGUACGAGAUAUUUGGCACUGGCGUCCGACAACAGUAAACGUACGAACGUGACGACCAUCAACAAGCAAUCGGUUAGCACAGGACCGGCAAACUGUCAACCAACUAUCCCGAUGCCCAUCCCGUCCCAUACGUUCAUAAAGAUUGAAGACUGUAGCGGUACAUCUAGUUCGACCUGCAAUAACUCAACGCAGAUCUUCCACGAACAGGAGAAAACCAUCCAAACGGCAACUAUUGCCACAUCCCCGGAUAUUCCGGCACAGCUUCUGUUCCAGCAGGGUAACCUUAUCCAGAUAGCUCCGUCUGCAAAAGCCACCCUUCUUGAACAACCUGCAAUGCUCCCUGCACUGGCAACGGCUGCUGCAAACCCUAUGACUCCUCCCCCGUCCACCGUCUCGGCUUCGAUCGCUCCUAGUCCCCUUCAACAGGAAAUUCCAAACGCGACAUGUCUCACUCCUCCGCCAGAUCAAUCGAUCCAGAUUAACAACAGCGAGGAAUCAGUUGAAGCAUCUGCAAACUGUGCAGCACCCGAAGUCCAAGAUGCCAACAUCCAAACCGAUACGCCGGUGAUGAGCGAAGACGAUAACACCGUCGGAACGGACGAGUUGCCUCACCAUCAUGACGCUUCGACUUCGACCGCUGCAAUCAACACCGCGGACGAACCUCGGUUUCCCGAGAAUUUCACACAAACUUGUCAGCCACAAGUUCAGAUUUCUCCAUUCCCAGCUGCGCCCAUGUCCCAAGAAAUGAUGUGCCAUAGUAUGAUCAACAGCAGUGUCGAUUCUGCGAUCGAACGAGACAUGUCGGCGAAUUCGUCAGCAAUCACGACGAAUUUAAACAUCAGUACAAUCAGCACCAGUACAAAUUGUGAUCAUGUUGAGAUGGAUCAAGAAGAACAUGUUGCAGCGCCACCACCUGUUAGUCUGCCACCAGCCGUAGAAGCUCCUCUGGCCUUGACCGUUAACCCUAACUGUAAUCUACGGAUACCGAAACUGGAGAUGCUAUCACCGGUUGAAAACCCGAUACCAAGUGGCGAAUCCGACGACAAUACUCACACAACGUCCGAACAGGAAAACCCCGUCGAUCUCAGUGGACUGGAGCUUCUUUCACGAAGUAUAGAAGUUUUCCAAAAGAAAGCCUCCAUGAUCAAGAAGGAACCCAUUUCGCCACAACUCCCACCGGAGCCGGUCCAACUCUUGCCACUUCCUCCGCUAGUUCCUUGCGAAACGGUGGUGCGAAGACCAAGUAUCCACGAAAGUGAACAGCUUCCCCAACAGCAACAACCCGAAGAACUUCCGCUUAUACCGCCAAACGUACCUUCGCCAGUACCGGAAACGUUCAUCAACAGCGAUGAACCGAUGGUCGGCUUGAAUCUACUCUGCGCAUUGGCCGAGCAGCGAUUCCAGGAGGAAGGUAUGUUUAAGAAAGACUCCCCGGCAACCAACUGUACCCUGGUGUCAACAUCUCCCACAGACGAAAAAGUAGAAACCGCCGAUUCAUCUCCACCGCAGCUUUCGAAUGCUAGUCCCGAGAUGCACUCUCGCAAACGUAAACACAAACAUUCCAAAGAUUCGAGAAAGUCUGGCAAGCGAUCCCGACACGAUAAGGAAGAGCGUCGGAGGCGAAAGCAUAGCUCCGAUGCAAACGACGAUGAAAUAGAGGGAGAAUUGAAGGACAGUUUCUCACGGAUACGUGCCAAACUUGAGGACUGCAACUGCAAAGAUCGUCAUGAGAAAGACCAUCGAUGCUGUCGAACGAAUUGGCCAUCGGCCAAUGAAUUGUUUAAUGUUAUGGAGUCGGACAUGAGGGAGCGAUUGGUCAAUAUCACCAGGCAGUGCGAGGAGAAAAAGCGGGAACUAGAACAGAUGAGCGUUGUAACGUCGGUGGCCAAAGUGAAACCGCUUACUGCCAUGGUUCGCAUCCCGGACAUUGGCAAGUCUUACUUUGGAAAUUUCGGCAGCUCAAGUAGUUUGUUGAACGGAGCUAGCUCAAGCGUAUUCUCAAGCCAACCGCCAACCUUGACGGCAUCCAAGUUGAGUCAAAUUCCGGCGUUGUCGCCGAAUUUUUCGUCUUCAUCGAACUCAACGACCUUUGUCGAACUACCGAAGCUUAGCUCCGAUACCGACUCUAGCAAACAGGAAGACGCUGAUUCGAGCUCGAUUGAACGAUUAUCGUUCUCGAAGCGCAAGGGAGGAAUUCCUAAGAAGCACGAUGAACUUGCUUUGACAGAAACAAUUGUUGCGAAGAAACCGAAAAGCCUUGUAGGCUAUAUUUUGGCUUCCAAAAAUAAAGUGAGUGAAAGUAGCGUUAAAGAAACAGUUCAACAAAAGUCACAGUCACAUCAUAUCUACCAGCAGCAAACACUCGGUGCUUCCUCCAGUAGUAAGUCACAUAAAACUUCAAAGACCAAGACAUCGCCAAUCCAUUCGUCCAAGUUCGAAAGUUCGACCAGCGACGAAACAAGCGAUAGCUCUACAAAACCACAUAUCAAAAUAAAGUCGUCUGCCUUCAUAGUGGAAGACGAGAGCAGCAAGCCAAGUGAUGCUGCCUUCUCUAUCUUCGGUGGAAAACCAUCCAUUUUGGACAAAAUCAAGACGUCUCCCAAUGCACUAGCUUCGGCACUUAAGCUGUCACCUUCGCAAACGGCGCUGACCGCCGAAUCAAAGCAUCACCAUUCAACGAAACACAAGAAAUCCCGAAGCAAGGAACGCAAACGGCGUAACUCGGAAAAGAAGAAAAUCGACCAAAGGUGUACCCUCAGUAACGAGCAUUUGAACACAGACAAGACCCGAGUGUUGACAGCCAUGGGUGGUCUAUUCUACGCUGGAUGCUUGAGUGCAGUUCAGCCCCCGGAUAUCUACGCCGUAACUCUAGACGGAGAGCGUGGAAACCGACCCCACAUCAUGUCUCGGGAAGAGGUUCUUCGAGAUGCUAUCCUCGAGGUUGCUCCGAAAACGGUAGACGAAAUCGUCCCCGGAACGCGACUCUGCGCCUAUUGGAGUCAACAGUAUCGGUGUCUCUACCCGGGAAUAGCCGCCGAGCCAACAUCACCGGAUCCCGAGAAACGAUACGUCAACGUUGAGUUCGACGACGGCGAUAACGGUAAAAUCGUACUGGAGGACAUCCGUUUCCUCAUGAGCGAUUACCCCAUAGUAGAAUACGAUCCAAAUCCUCUUCUAUCGCUAGGCAAAAGAAAGCGACAGCCGAGCGUUUCCGAAAUGGGAACAACCAGCACGACGACGUCAACAACGGUUGGAAUGGCUACGGCACCGGUCGCAACCACCAGUAAAACCAUCAUAACGAAUAGCUUCGCCAUGGUUAGCGAAAGGGUCGUCGACAAGCGAGUCCACGAUGAGGCGUAUCGGGAGGAGCGUCGAAGACUGAAAAAAAUACGCAAGGAAAAGCUGCGCCGACUGGCAGCUAACAGUAGCGAAUUGACGGCGCACAAGCACAAGAAGAAAUCCAAAUGCUACGACGAAUACUGCAAACACCGCAAGCAUAAGAAGCGAAGAAAGCACAAGAAGCAUCAUCGGGAGCACGAUGUGCCCUCGUCUCCGGAUGCGGCAGCUGCCGGGUCGAUGGAUGAUGAAAUUUCCCAAGGAGACAGCGCCUCGCAAACGGCGGAACCCUUCAGUCCUGUUUCGAUCGAUGCGUUGUCUCUGACCGAGGAAAAGUGUACUGAGAAGGAAAUUUUCAAUCCCAGCUUGAAGGAAGACACCAUGACCGAAGAAGAGGCCAGUUCGUCCGUCACCGACAGUUCGGGAUCAUAUUACCAACCGAAGAAAUCGUCCGAGAAGAGUGAAAAGAGGCAAUCGACGGAGAACAACAGUAAAAUCGCGGCAUUCCUACCGGCUCGGCAGCUGUGGGCGUGGUGUGGAAAAGGCUACCGGAGGUCCACCGGUCGGGUUAAGAAGCAGUUCUACAAAUCGAUUCAACGCGGCAAGGAAACCAUUUCGGUUGGUGAUAGUGCUGUCUUCCUGUCCACGGGACGACCCGAUCGCCCCUACAUCGGCCACAUCGAAUCCAUGUGGGAAACCUCAACCAACAACAUGGUUGUUCGCGUCAAGUGGUUCUAUCAUCCGGAAGAAGCCGAAGGUUGUCCCAACUUGAAAUAUCCGGGAGCCCUUUUCCAAUCACCGCACGAGGACGAGAACGACGUCCAAACGAUUUCUCACAAAUGCGAGGUGCUACCGUUGAAGGAAUACACGGAAAAAUUCGGAUCCAGUCCGGAACGGUAUCGGGCCAUCUAUGACAACAACGAUACGUACUAUCUGGCCGGCUAUUACGAUCCGACGGCAGUUUCCAUCAAGAUGCAGCCGGAUAUCGACAUACUGCCGGGCGAUGAGAAAUGGAUCGAUAUGGAUUGAAUGAAAAUCUUGCGGACGAAACGUUGUUAAGCUAAAAUCCUGUGAUUUUUGAAUGGAGGCAAUUGGAGGGUGUGCAAUUAGACAUAAUACUAACGGCUGGUUCUCGAUUACGAGAUACUUACGAGAGAUGAAAUUUUUGGCAGUGCCAAGCUUUUGUACAUACAGGUUAUCUAAUACAGUAGUAGGAAAUGUUCUAAAUGUUUUUCUCAAUUUUUAUCUUUACAUAAUUAGGCUAAGUACGCCAGAAGACCUUAUGAAGGGUUCUAGGCAUUAUCGUGAAUACAUUUAAUUUUAAAAAAAAAUAGUAACACUUUAUAAAAGUGACAACAGUUUAUGUAAAUAAUUUUCUCUUUGUAAAUUAUAUGAGAUUAAUUUCUGAAUAAAGGAGAAAAAUCUGAUUAUAUGUCUCUGUCGUAGGUUUUGAAGAUUUAAACAAAAAAAAAUCAAAUCGUAUAUGACUACUACCCAUAAAUCUUAGAGAGUGAUUGUAUAUUUUUCUAUCUGAUGAGAUUUUUAGCAGUUAGCAAACCAAUCAAGAAUCAAGAAAAGUGAACAUUUACCAGAGCUUUCGGAAGAAAAUUCAAUAUACCUCUGCUAUACAUAAGACAAGCAAUGGACUGAUGAAAUAAACGUAAAACUUUACCGUAGAAACACAUAUUUUGGAGGUAUAUUCAGAGCAAAAUUAAAUGUAUUUCAUUGUCCAAGAAUGCAAAGUGAACCCACGCACUUUGACUUCUCAAAAUGAUGUAAAGCAGGGGUUCGACAGACAGUUUCGGUUCCAAAAAGUACACAACGAAAUUCAAAAACAACUUUUUUCUUUGAUCCCCAGGAAAGCACCCUCGAAUGGUAAAUCAGAUUUUUUCAACGCUUACUUGACUUAACAUUCGAUACUUAUUGUUACAAGAAAAACAGCACGAUAGAAAUGUUACAAUCCAAUUGGAUUUUUUAAGUAGACACCUCAACUUCAAAACCAUAGAACAGGAAAAUGUAAAUCUCUCUUUGAAGUCUAACUGUUAUUCUGAUACCGAAAAAAGAUCAUAUUCGAUCGUAAUAAGUAGUAGUACUGAGAACAAGCUUCUUAAUUUUGUUAAGCGACAAACACAAUCCAGUGGCAAAAGUGUUAAAUCACAAAACAUAAAUGACUGUAAAUAUAGUUUUCCUAGAGUUUCGUCGGAACAACAUCUUAAGUGUAAGGUAAGGUAAAGAAACAACGAGCUUUUGGCUAUGCUAUGAGUUUAGCUUCCAUGAUUUUGCAACUUAAUUUUUUUCUAGUGUUUUGUUAAUCUCUGUUGAAAAAUUCUUAGAACAGAGCGAUUCAUACGAUUCAAAUCCCUCUUAUAAAGAUUUGUGUUGCAAUAAAAAGAAAGCAGUCAACAACUAUGAUGUAUACUGAAUUUUAUUUAACGGAUAGAGUAUAUUGCGUUCUGGUACGACAAACCACAAUGCGAAAAUGUUUAUAAGGUAAACAAAAAUCUGGAAAUCAAAAUGUGUGAGACUCAUUUUCGGUUCGUGCAAGAAUGGCAUUUCGAAACAGUUUCGUAUGAAUGAUGUGCUAGUGGUGAAAAUUUGCAUUAUAUUUUAAUGAAUGUAUGUACUCAGUAAUAAACAAAAAUCAUUACUUCAA